AUGAUCGGUGACAUGAACAAUGAGGACUAUUGCUCUUAUGUCCGCCAAAUCAAUGGUCCCGACUCCCGGUUCUAUGUUGUGGAUCGAGAGGAGGCUAAGGUGGAGGCUGUUGCUAUGUUUUUGGACAUCAAACCCGAUAUUUGUUAUCAAGAAUGGAAAGAGGAUAAAGGCGAGUUAAUUUGGGAAGAAUUGAUGGAGGACUUAUGUAGGAGGUUCAAGGAGCAAGAAGAAACGGUUGUGAUAGAGGAGUUUCAUAGGCUCAAAUAA